UGAGGUUAUCAACACUCGUUCUUUCAACAAAAAGUGAGAAGGAGAACAAGUCUUACUUCUCUACGUAUUUUUUAACUUUAUCGAGUUCUGUUUUCUUUAAUUUCCAUUUUCGCUAGGGUGAACUUAGGAAAAUGAGGUAAGUCAAUUGUUUUAUACUAUAAACGUUUAUACUGUUAAACGCGAUUCCUUUUAUAAAAGUUCGAUGAUUAGUCUGCUUAUUAUAUCUACAUAACAGCGUCAAUGACCGUGUUUUUCUAACAUGUCACAUGUGGACUUCGAAAGUACAGCCGUUCGCAUUUUUAUUAUAGCUAUUGAAUAACACUCAAUAGCUGUUAUACGACUUUUAAUAAUGAAUGCAUUUAAAAAAAUAUUUUCCGCGUACCACGAAUCUUAUUAUUUUGAACAAAUGUGAUGCCUUCUUUUGAUAUCAUGUACAAAUUUCUAUGGGUUUAAUCAUGAUGGUUAGACCGUCAAACUAUUCUUAUAUGUUGGUGUACAUAAGAACUUGAUUUGUUUAGUAAAUAUUUGAUAUCAAAUAAAUUGUUUAGAUAAGUACUUCAUUUUAGUAUGUUAUAAUUUCAACAUUAUUUUUCAGUUCGUUAAAGCUUCAAAAAAGACUUGCCGCUUCGGUAAUGCGAUGCGGUAAGAAGAAAGUUUGGUUAGAUCCAAAUGAAAUAAAUGAAAUUGCCAACACAAACUCCCGUUAGUAUUUUUAAUCAAAACUGAAUCAGCUACAUGCUUAAUAUUUAUUUUAUUUAAUAUAGGACAAAAUAUCCGGAAAUUAAUUAAGGAUGGUUUGAUCAUAAAAAAACCAGUAGCUGUACACUCUAGAGCUCGUGCCCGUAAAAAUGCAGAAGCCAGAAGAAAAGGUCGUCAUUGUGGGUUUGGUAAAAGAAAGGGUACAGCUAACGCUCGAACGCCACAAAAAGUAUGAAUCAAUUUGUUUUAUUAUUAUAAACUUCCUAAUCUUUUUUUUUAUGUUUAUAGGAACUUUGGGUAAAACGAAUGCGUGUGUUGAGGCGGUUGUUAAAGAAAUAUCGCCAAGCGAAAAAAAUUGACAACCAUCUCUACCAUCAGUUGUACAUGAAGGCGAAGGGUAAUGUAUUCAAGAACAAGCGUGUAUUGAUGGAAUUUAUUCACAAAAAGAAGGCAGAGAAAGCUCGUGCUAAGAUGUUGAGGUAGUUAUUUAUAAUUUUAUUCAUAGGCAAAACUAGUCAUUUUCAUUAGGUCUGGCCAAAAUAUAUUGAAAUUGUUCUCUUCAAAAAAAAAAAAAUAAAUAUAUUAGCAACUCCAAAUUGAUGUAUUACUCAAUACCAUGAAUUACAAUAUACAGGAUACGAUACAACAGCAUGUUGUUGCAAUAUAUUGAAGACAAUGAUUUAUAAAGCACUAAGAGUCUUAUUUGAACAUACAGGUCAUAUAGAACUAAUAAUAAACAAUAGCUCUCUGUAUCCUGAAUAUCUUAAUUCAUACACAAUAUUCACUUAUUAUAGUUGUAGAAACUUAUACCUACAAUUUUACUAUGUAGACAUUGAUUCUAUUAAUUUUAUUCGCUCAUCUAUGUAUUUUUUUUUUUUUAUAAAAAGCCAACAUCUUUCAGCCUGACUUGUGAAUUUAUUUACUUAGCUAGUUAUUCAUAUAAAUUUAUUAAUUUUUUUAGUGAUCAAGCUGAAGCUAGGCGUCAAAAGGUCAAAGAAGCUAAAAAACGUAAAGAAGCUCGAUUUUUGCAAAAUAGAAAAGAACUUUUGGCAGCAUAUGCCCUUGAAGAUGAAAAGGCGGCAGCAGCUGCAGGAAAGAAGUAACCUGUUUGUAAAUGUUCUUAUUUUCUAAUAUAAUUUUGACUUAUUGGAAAAUUAAAAUUUGUUUAAUUUUUACCUUUAUGUAUCCUUAAUUAUUCUAAUAUUUAAUUCUGAUUAAGUAUUCUGGUAUUCAUGUAAAUUUAU